UCUGCGUUCCAUCCCCGGUCGAGAGCGCGCGAGCACGCGCACGCACGUCUCGUCGUACGCCGGGCCCGCGAAUCCCGAGGCGACCCGGUCCUGGUUGUGUAGAGUCCUUGAGAUAAUGCCCCGGAAGGCGGGGAACGUGGAAGAGGCCGAAGCGGGCGCCGACGAGUCGGGCGCAGAAGAGUACGGCCCUGAAGAGUCCGAUCCGGAAGAGUCGGGCGCCGAGGAGUCCGGCCCGGAAGAGUCCGGCCCGGAAGAGUCGGGCACCGAACAGAUGAUGGAGGCGGGGCGGCCGCGGCCCGUGCUACGCUCGGUGAACUCGCGCGAGCCGUCCCAGGUCAUCUUCUGCAACCGCAGCCCGCGCGUCGUGCUGCCCGUGUGGCUCAACUUCGACGGCGAGCCGCAGCCCUACCCGACGCUGCCGCCCGGCAAGGGGCGCCGCAUCCACAGCUACCGAGGUCACCUUUGGCUCUUCAGAGAUGCAGGGACAUACGAUGGGCUUCUGGUUAACCAAACUGAAUUAUUUGUGCCGUCUCUCAAUGUUGAUGGACAGCCUAUCUUUGCCAACAUCACGCUGCCAGUGUACACCCUGAAAGAGCGGUGCCUCCAGGUUGUCCGAAGCCUAGUCAAACCUGAGAAUUACAGGAGGUUGGACAUCGUCAGGUCACUCUAUGAAGAUCUAGAAGACCACCCAAAUGUGAGGAAAGACCUGGAGCGGCUGACACAGGAGCAUAUUGAAAAUCAACGGAUGGAACAGGAGACUGUGGAUUUUCAUUGAAAUUUGCACUCCUGAGUCUCUGCUUUUGAUGGUACUGACUAGUCUUGAUCCAGAUAUAGGACUGGGCACUUAUACUCAAUUUCAAGAUGUCUCAUUUUUGGAGUACAGUGUGCUCCAUUGGCUUAAAUGAAAGUUAACUGACUUCACUAGGCAUUGUGGGGUUUAUGGGCAGGUAUCACAAAAUUCAAUGUAAUGUCUGUUCUUUCUAGAAGUAUCUGUCAGGAAAAAGUAGUUGCAUUUUUGCCUCCAAGUAAGUCAGGAAAGUUUCUGUGUAAGGAUUUUUGUUUAAGUAAUUCAGUGAGAAUUGCAGCAUAUCCUUUAAUUGUAAGAAAGCAGUGGCGUCUGCUACUUUUAAUUGCUGUAUUAUGGUUGGUUAUGUGUCUGCCCCCCCCCACUCCCCCCUUUGGGGAUACUGACAUAUCCUUGAGGCAGGGACAAGUCUUUCUCCUCUUUGAGACCCCAGUGCCUAGCACAUUAUGAGCGUUCAGUCAUUGUUGACUGAUGGAUGCUGCUUUAGUAGAAGGUGUUGGAGGUUUUGCAUUUUCUUUUGGCCUUAAAGUAUGUAGAGUAAACAAAUGUUUUAAAGGGAAUCAUUUUUAUAGAAAGCACUUUUUAUCAUUUUUAAAGUUUUGCGCUUUUCUCUGUCCACUAUUGUUGCAGUGCUGUGUUAUUUCUGUUUCUAGUCCAUGAUUGGCAUUCCACAGUUACUGUGAUAAUAGGUUUUUUGUAAUUUAACAUCUGCACAGAAAAUAGGAAAAAUAGCAGUCGUCAUGUUUAAUUCCAGUGUUAAGGGGCUAGUCUUCUAUAAAUAAGCUUUUGCCAAGUGUAGGUAUUUCUGUUCCUUUUUGUAAGUCGAUAUUUCCAUUUGAUUCCAGAAUUUUUUAUCAGGCAAGAUCUGGUGACGCUUUUCACCUAGCUGGAGGAAAGGCCGAAGCACACCAAUCUCUGGCAGGUUAUUCCUCCUAACACACAGUGGACUUAUGGAGUAGCCUGGAAUGUUUCAUAGUUUUAUAAAUGGACAAAUCCUUUCUCAUAGGCUGGACUUAAAUUCUGUAACUCAAAUAUUUCCAUCAAACUUCAUAUUUUGUAACUAAUAGUUAAGAAAAAAUUUGGAAAAGACAGAAAACUGAAAGAAAAAUUAUCACUGUAGACCUACAACUUAAAUACAACCACUAUUAACAUUUUGAACUAUUUCCUUUCAGCCUUUUUUAGGGCAUAUUGUGGUUGGUUGGUUUUUACAUAGUUGAAAUUAUACUGUAUAUACAGUUUUGUAUUCUGCUUUUUCAUUUAACUUUGUAGUGUAAAUAUUUUCCAUGUUUUUAUAAGUUUUACAUAAGCAUUAAUUAGUACAGUCUUCCUGUUGUAAUUAAUGUUUGGAAUAUUUUUUGACAUCUCUUUAGUUCCUUAUGCUAACCUUUAGGCACAAUUCCUGUGUUCUGAAACCAGAGUAAAGUGAAUGAAACAAACUCCCACACUUUUUUCCACUACACUUUAAAUUUCAUAGAAUCUUAUUCCCUCCCUUUCAACAUUCAACAAAUAAGUUGACCUUUUUUUAGCAUGCUGUAGUAGUUUUCAUUCCAUGACACACCUCUUAAGUACAUUAAUUUUUUUUGUUGAAAUGUUGGGUAGGGAAGAAGUGUGGAGGCAGAGAGUUUAUGUGCUGGGAUAGAAGGCAGCUAUAUGAGUUUCAGAGUGGGGUAGGGUGGAGAAUUUCAGGAACUCUCCUGGUGCUGGUUUAAUUCAGACUUGGUUUUUUUUUUUAACCUGUCUUUGUAUCAAAAUGAGAUUUCAUGUUCCUCUUGUUAAGACAUGCAGUUUGUGUACUGUGUUUGUGUGUGUGUGUGUCUUAGGAAGAUUGAAAAGCUGUAGCAUGAAUAAUGACUGUUUAUUUGAAAUUUUGUGAUUCUAUUAAAUGUAUUGCUGUUAAGAGA